AUGUCAUCUGCCUAUAUAACGGAAAUUAGGAAGAAGCAGAAGGACUAUCUAAGUUGCCUAUUCAGCAAGUUUGAAAAAUAUUCCAAUGAAAAGGUUCUAACAAAUUUGAUAAACAAAUCGUUAAAUGAAAUUGCGCUGUACCCCUUCCAAGAUGUUAGCGACAACGAAAUCAUAGAUGAUGUGAAUGAGUACAUAAACGAACUAACAAUUAAUGCUGAAUAUAAGAGGAAAAAAAUAUUCAAACAUUUGUGCGAGAUUUUCCUAAAUGACAAUUUUUAUAUAUAUGAUAAAAAAGACAGAUACGAAUUGAAGUUCGUCAUUUUAAAAUUAUUAUUUCUGAUUGGAGAAAGCAAAACAAGUGAGAACACACAACACAUUGACCAUCUAUAUGUUAAGUAUUUUCAAAAGAAAGAAGAACAUGAAGAAGAAGUGGCCCCCCCUUUAAACAUAAAUGAGCAAAAUGCUCUCUAUGAUAUACACACCUUUAACAUUCAAGAGGAGAACAAAUAUCUUAAAGAGCUAUACAGCACAGACAAUGAUAUUACAAGAUUAUCAUCCCUCUCUGGAGAAGAGGAGGACAUACAUAUUGGCGACAUUGAAAAAGAUGAGUCCCUACAGUAUGGCCAUCCAAGCGAUAUAUACAAUCAGCUAGCUAAUUAUCAGAAUCAACCAAACGGCCACAAUGGCGCAAAACCAAAUCGCAACAACUUUCACGAAAUGCAGUACACCCAAUAUGUAGACAGCUAUAUGAAAAACAAGAAUGAUUUAACAUAUGAAAAUGUCGUCAAAAAAAUAUCACAAUGUGUUUAUGAAUAUCCUCAUUAUGAAGAUGUGGGGGAUCAAUGGAGACACGAUGCAAGGAGUUCCUUCCAGAGUAACCAAUCUGUCGAUUGUCUUGAAAAUAUGUUGUCGUACGAUAAUGUGGACGAACAUGUACAUAGUGCUAAUGUAGGUACUAGAGGCGGCAGAAAUGACUCACGUCGCCGGAUUAGCACGCGUAGCUCUAGCACAGCAUCCGAUGAAGACAUACUUGCCAGUCUAAGAAUGAGGCAAAACAAAACCAAAGAUCCAUCCCGCCCACGCAGACCAAGAGAACAAUACUUUUUUAAUAACAUAAACCUUUUCUAUGAGGAAUAUCAUGAGAGUGAAGAGAACGAUGCGAGCAUUAUAUACGAGACUGAAAUUUACAAUCUGCACAACGUGUUCGCCAGUGAUGUGAGACAGGAUGGGAAAGAAGAGACACCUGGAGAAAUAACCAGUAGGACAUGUCACCCAGGUGAAAACACACUGGAUGAUAAUGCAUCCGGGUACAUUUCCACACAGUGGAAGGAUUCUUCCCGUUAUGCGCACAGAUCGAAUGAGGAGGAACCCGCACAAACGGAUGGUCCACAACAUGGUUGCAACAUUGUCCUUGCCGAUAAGGGCAAUAUUAUAAAUGCUGCAACAGCCACCAAAGGAAGGAAUAAUAAAAGGAAAGGCACAUUUUACGUAAGCGAAAUAUUUAUCAUAAAAGAAAUUUUGAUGAUGUUGUCCCUAAAUUGCCCCAUAAAAUUUAAGGAAGACUUUUUUACGAACUUUUCCGAUUUUUUAUUUAACCACGUAAUGGACAAGAAUAAAAUAAAAGAGGAUUUUUUAUUUUACAUAAAAAUAGAAAGGCGUGAAAAAGGAGAGGGAAGUGUCCUACAUGGAGGCGUAACGAAAUACAGAGCAGUCAUCAGUCAAAUGAUGAAUGUCAAACAGUACAACUUAAGAAGAAAGACAUUUAAAAAUUAUGUGAAGAAAAUAAAAAAAGUUAGUAUAAAAUUAUUUUACCUGAAUAUUUUUUUUUUUUUGGUGGAACAAUUUCGAUAUAUUUUUUUUUUCUUGCCAUACAAUUUAAGGGACAUUUUCAACCACAUCAUAUAUAUAAGAGAACACCUAAGUCAUGAUGACGGGAAGAAUAAUUUGUCUAUUCUCUUCGAACAGAUGAAUUUGACUGGAAGCAAAGGCAGAGGGAGCAACAAUCUGGGCAACAGAAUCAACAUGUACUACCCGGGAAAUUUCCUCGAGUGCUUUAUAGACUCCCUAAAAUGUCUUUAUUCCGAAUGGAUUUGCGUGGUAGAAAUUUUGUACAACUAUCACAUCCUUCUGGUCAUGAAGCAGUACAACAUUGUGCCCCUUAGGGACCAACAAAUUUUGGACGUCCUAAAUAGGAUGGACCGAAUACACAUAAUGGAUUACCUACGUGUCGAUCAUUUUGUGAAUUGGAAGCGUCGCAAAAGGGGAAGGCAGCCACACGGUAAGGUACACUCUCGUGAGGUGAUAACGCCGUUCGAGGAGCCCCACACAUGUGAGCAAAGGAAAGCAAAUGCUUCCUUCUACCUACGUAAAAACAGGUGGGAAAAUGCAAAGAGACUACUAGAUGAGCAAAAAAUUGCCAACUUCAGAUCGCUCAGCCUUAUCCACCUGCAGGUUAUAAUGAGUAAGUACCUCUACGUAUGGAAUAAUCUCUACGACUAUGUCGACAUUAUAUUGUCCUACUUACUUUAUAACAUCGGUGUAAAUGAUUAUACCCAUUUUAAUGCCCUAUAUGACAACGCCAAAAAGUUCUGCAUCUGCUAUGACAUGACAGUACUGUACUGGAGGAAUUGCCAAGUUGUAAAAAACAAGUCGCUCGAAAAGAUUUUCCGCUUCCUUCUAAAUGGGCUGAAUGUAUACUACUCGAAACAUAUAAGCAGUUGGAUUAAGAAGGGAAAAAUUGACGAUAGCUUUAAUGAAUUUUUUGUGUACUCGCAGGAUAGGGGGCAUGAAGGGCCAUUUGCUAAUCAUAUGCUGUUUAUAAAGAAGCAGAGCGAAUUUGUCAUGUGCCCAGAGUUUUUUAACUCCUUUGUUUUUUUCCUAAUAAGCCUCGGAAAUAACAUUCGUUUGUAUAUGAAAAUUAGUCAUGAGAAGGAGGUAGACUACGUCGAUUAUUAUUUGAAGGGGGGUGAGGAGUCCCGUCGGUUGAAGCGUCUGGCGCGUGUGGAUUAUGAGGCUGGCCUCGGUGAUGUAGGCCCUACUGACGAGUACAGUGAUGAUAUGGAUGAUGAGCAUGAGGACCCGUGUUACGCCAUCGCGCCAUCUCCUUAUCGCCCAAAACGAUUGCACAAAAACACCCUCAACUACUACUACAAUAUCGAGAAUUUGAAACGCGUCCAGAACAUAUUCCUAGACUGUAUCUCGACCAUUUUGAUGAAACCGCCAAAUGAGGAAAACGUCCUGCCUUACUUUAACAAAACUAUUUUGGCACUAAAUGUGUCAUACGAUUUGUACAUUAAAAAGUUUCUUCAGGAAGAAUUCUUUCACCUCUUCCUUCAAAGCAAUCGCAUUUUUUUAGAUAGCCUAAUGAAGUAUUCCUACCUCUUAGAGUAUUUCUGCUGUUUGCGCAGUUUAGUAUUCCUCGAAAUAGCUGAUUUUAUUUCUGCCUUUUUUGAGUUCAUUUUUAAGGAGGUAUCCAUUCCUCUUAUCGACGAGAGAAAUAUGAAUACCACGUUUAGGCAAUGCGUUGUGCACAAUGUGAAUAGGCCUACGCCUAACCUGGACGGAUCCAAUUCCUGUGCGUCCUUUUUGCAUAAGCGGUUUGUGUUGCUCCAUAUGAAUAUACUGAUGCAGAAGAAUUCCCACUAUAAGGAAGAGAAAAGAGCAAAAAUGUGCGAAACGAGCGAAGGAGAUGACUGCGCGGAUGCAGAGCCAGAUCAUGUGCACAGACCCAACGGUGAAGUGCACACUGAUGAGGAAAAACGCCAAGUCGAGAUUAACGCUGAGCAUAGAGAUGUCCCCAGUAACAUUGCGCCAUACCCCUGGAAUUACACCCAUCCAGGGGAACCUCCCCCAAUGAUAAAAACAUCAGCCCAAUCUGCAAAAAACGGAACAGCGCAGAGCAACACCACUGGAAAAGCACAAAGGAAUGUACAGGACGACGAAGCACACCAGAGAAAGGAAUCCUCCAUUUGUCAACAAUUGACAAAAAACUUUUACAAGGAAGAAAUUAUAACGAGCAUCUUGAAGAGAUUCUACUUUACCCUAAGGGAAAACAAAAUGUAUAACAACAACAUGCGUGUUAUAAGUUACAGGAAUUUGCUAAUAGAGACAAGGGGAAGUGGGUCAUGUUUUGUAAAUUUUUUAUUUGAUUCGAAAUGUUUGGAGAAAUAUUCAACGAUAUUUUCCUACUUUCUUGAAAUAAAAAAAUCUUUACAUGUACUAAAUUUAGUGCACAUAUUUUAUAAGUACCUGAGGACAAAGAAAUCAGAACAGUAUGAAUGCGUGGAGGCAAUUAUCAUUUCUUUGUGUAUUUUAAAAUAUAAAAUAUUCUUCUUCCUGAACACCUUGUAUACCUACUACCAGUGGAUUUUGAGUUUUUCGUGGAAUCAGUUCAUUUCCACUUUGUUAAAAUCAAAAUCAUUGUAUCAGAUAAAACAUAGUCACCAGCUGUACUUAACUUUUCUAAUCGAAACAAUGUUAGUACCGAUACGCACGAGACAUGACGAGCUGCACAAUUUUUACAUAAAUGAUGAACACAGGAAAAAUGUCCUGCUUCAGGAAUAUGAAAGAAAAAAGGUUGUUUUUAAUCCUCCCAUGAAUAAUAAUGGCCAGGGGGAGAUGCAAACUGAUUCGUAUAAUCUGUGGGGUAGCUCCACUGUUGCUUUGGAACAUACAAACCAUUGCGAUUCUCCAGGACGCUUAAGUCAAAUGGCCCAUGACGCGGACAAGUACAGACGUGAAAGGAAACGAAGCGAUGGGGUAGAUAAUAAUAAAGCUUGGGAAAACACCACCGCCAGUUCCCUCCUUCAGGGCUCCCUCAAUAAGGAGUUCUUGUUGAAUGAAUUAUUUUCCAAUAACCUUCUUAACCUGUUAUCCAUUCCUUCCCAAAUUUACGAUAUUCUUCUAAAGCUGAGCAAACUGUUCAAUAUCAGAUUUGAUCUAAAUUUUGACAACUCAUACGACAUGACUUUUCAAAGCGAGCAGGAGAUGGAGGAUGAGGAACAGGAUGAAGAGGACGACGAAGAAGAAAUAAUGAACGUAAAAAAUGAAAUCUUAAACAGGGACAAUAUUACAGUAGCAGAAGGGGGUAAGAGGACGUAUUCUAAAAACGGACAUGCAAAAAGUGAUUGGAAGGACUCCGCAGACAGAGGACACAUUUUAUUGUCCAUAAACAGUUACAUAAAAUCACUUGUAAACAUUUUCGAUAUUCACUACUUGGAAUUUGUAAUGAAAUUAAAUAUCAUUUCUUUGAAUGUAGACCAAAAUAGCUUCUUUGGCCCUAAUAGGGAUUCCAGACUGUUUAACCACAUUUUGAGGUUAGACAAAAGUAUCCUGAAAAAAGUAACCAUUUUACAGUGUAUGUUGUCUUUCCACUCGUUUGGCGUUGACGGCCCCAUGGAUGCCUCUUAUAGUUAG